AUGGUACGAGCGUGCUAUGACUUCCAGAGGCUACCACGGUCGGGCUAUCUGUGGCACAGGCGUGCCUGGGCUUCUUGGUCUUGGGCGUGUCUUGCGUCCGGGACACAUCCAGAGUUUGGCACGGGAGUGCUAGGAGUGUUCUCUGGCAUUCGAACAGAGGAGGUUCGGUUAUUGCUCAAACAACUAUUUCAGGACUCGAGAAAAGAACCAGCCAAGGUGGCGUUGACUUCAAAGUUCUUGGAGCUUACAUUUAAUAACAUCAUGAGGAUGAUCGCUGGAAAACGUUACUAUGGCAAAAAUGUUAUGGAUCAAGGAGGAGAAUUCUUGCAGGAUAUCAUAAAAGAAAUGGAGGCACUUCGUGGAAGUUCAAAUCUAAAUGAUUACUUCCCUGUGCUGCAAUGGGUGGAUUACCAAGGGGUGGAGAAAAGGAUGCAGAAAUUAAUGAAGAAGAUGGACAGCUUCUUACAGCAGCUCAUUGAGGAGCACAUGAAAACAAGGGGCGACUCAUCUCCACCAGUGAAUCUGUCUGCUGCAAGUAACCAAAAGAAGCACACAACUUUAAUAGAUGUUAUGUUAUCUUUGAAAGAAACAGAACCAGAAUUCUACACAGAUCAAACCAUCAAAGGUGUUAUUUUGCAACACCUGACUGCAGGAUCUACAAACAUCAGCAGCUACAUUGAUUGGCAUCUCAACCUUCCUUUUGAACCAUUCUCAGAAAGUAAUCAAAGGCUUUGCUGA